GUAGCGAAAAGGUUAUUAUCAGUCUUGUGCUUGAUUACAUUCAGAAAUGAUCGGUUCGUGAGCUGGAGUUGUUCUAAUUUUGGUCCAAAUUGCUAAUAAAUUCCACGAUGUAUCGUCUCUAGAUUUGACUUAAUUUUUCCCCAGGCUAAAAACCAUCGUCAAAAUUUGAACUUCGAAGAAAAUCUUGUUUAGUGUGAUUUUAUAUGUUGUAAAGUGAAAAGGAUCGAAAGAUGCAGUGUCCGUUCUUGAGCAAACUAUCUCUUUCGUACGUGAGGAACUAUGGAUCAUCAUUAAUGAAACUGUAUGGUCAACAUUGCCCGGUCGUAUCGUCAAUUAGUAAAAUUCAUACGCCAGCUGAUGAUAUCCAUUCGACUGUUUCGCCUCAAGAUGGAUCUGGCAGCAGAAAAUGCCCAUUUUUGGCCGAAGUACAGAAGAAUAAUCAUGUCGUAAUGCAAGCUAGUAAAGAGAUGCAGGAGGAUGUUAUCAAUUUACAUAAUGAAAGAGAUAAUUUCGCUUACGAGAAUUUCUUCGAAGAACAAAUUAUAAAAAAGAAGAAAGAUCAUUCGUACAGAAUAUUCAAGAAGGUUAAUCGACUCGCCGAUAAUUUUCCAGCAGCAUAUGAAUACAGCUGGGGAGAAAAUGCGGUCAAAGUGUGGUGUUCGAAUGAUUAUUUGGGAAUGUCGUGUCAUCCGAAAGUUAAAGCGGCUGUGAGAGAAGCUUUGGACAAAUAUGGAGCCGGUGCCGGAGGUACUAGAAACAUCUCAGGAAAUUCCCUCUUCCACGAAAAACUGGAACAAGACUUGGCCGCGUUACAUAACAAACAAUCGGCUCUCUUGUUUACUUCCUGUUUUGUCGCCAACGAUUCUACUUUGUUUACUCUCGGGAAAAUGAUACCUGGUGUUCAUAUCUUUUCGGAUGCUGGAAAUCACGCUUCGAUGAUCCAAGGUAUUAGGAACAGCGGAGCUCCUAAGCAUAUCUUUAGACAUAACGACGCAGCUCAUUUGGAGGAAUUGCUUUCGAAAGUUGACAAAAGCGUUCCGAAAAUCGUAGCUUUUGAAACGGUUCAUUCUAUGACUGGAGCGAUAUGUCCUCUGGAAACAUUAUGUGAUAUCGCCCAUAAACACGGUGCCUUAACAUUUGUCGACGAAGUUCACGCCGUUGGAUUAUACGGCGAACACGGAGCAGGUAUCGGUGAACGAGACGACAUGAUGUCUCAAAUGGACAUAAUCUCCGGCACAUUGGGCAAAGCUUUCGGAAACGUCGGCGGUUACAUUUCCAGCACGAAGAAUCUAAUCGAUACGCUCAGAAGUUACGCUGCAGGUUUCAUUUUUACCACUUCCCUACCUCCUACUGUUUUGGCCGGUGCACGAGCGUCAAUCAGUAUUCUACGUUCGGAGGAAGGAAAAGCCCUGAGACUGCAACACCAAGAAAAUGUUCGAUAUCUACGUACGAAACUUAUACAGGCUGGGUUACCUGUCGAACACACCCCUUCACAUAUUAUACCCAUUAAGAUCGGAGAUGCGAAACUAUGUACCGAAAUAUCCGACGCUUUGUUGAGGGAAAAAGGUCACUACGUACAAGCUAUAAAUUACCCUACGGUACCAUACGGCGAAGAAAAACUUAGAUUGGCUCCGACUCCUCAUCAUACCGUCGAAAUGAUGAACGUAUUCGUAUCCGAUUUAGUAUCCAUUUUCCACGAAAAGAAAAUACCCCUCAAAGGAAUGGUUUGCGAUCCAGAAUGUUCAUUCUGCAAGAAACCUAUACUCUUCGAUCAUUACGAAGCCAGAACGCGUCAGUUUUCCGAUUUAGAAAAAUGUGCUCCCUUUUGCUCAUUACCAAAUUGUCCGCAGAUGGUGUCCUGUGCCAACUAAGGAGUUACCCGAACGAUAUUAGUUACCCUACGUUAUAUAUCAUGGUGAAGGAAUAUAUAAAUACAUAUAUUGUUGCAUUCAA